AUGGAGCGACUCAUCUUACAGUCCUCCAUUGGGUUUUACUCAUUGCUCCAGGAUGUUCUGGAGCAGCAAGAUCAGGAAUGGAUUGCCAGGGAAGGACGCUUCCGCCCUGGUGGUCGGAUCAGUCUAGAUGAUCUCGGAGACGAUAUCUGGGUAGAACAAUUUCGAUUCCGCCGCCAUGAGAUAUACCUGCUCUCUGAUAUCCUCGAUCUCCCACCUGUCAUUGUCUGCAGUCAGUCCCGUGUCAAGGAGGACUCCGCCUCAGCACUCUGCAUGCUUCUCUGUCGCCUUGUCCACGUUUCACGCCUGGUUGAUGUGGAGAUGCAGUUUGGCUGGGAAAGGUCACGAUUUUCGCAUCACUCGGACAACAGCUUCAUUAAUCUGGAACCGCUGGAAGCACCUCUUGCGCUUGAUCCCCACCGAUUGACCCCCGAGAAGCUGACUUAUUUUGCGACGGUCAUGCAGCAACGCGGAGCACCCCUUGACUGUCGACUGGUCUUCAAUGGCUGGAAGAGAAUACACUGCCUCAAAUACCACUCCCUCAUCACUCCCGAUGGCAUUGUUAUCCACAUUUAUGGCCCGGUUGAAGGCAGGCGGCACGACGAGACGGUUUACCAGCAGAGCGGCCUGAGUGCCCUCCUCGAGAAACAUUUUGUUAAACCGGAUGGCAGCCCACUGUUCAUCUAUGGUGAUCCGGCCUACACUGUCGCAGGCCGCGUCCUUGCCGGCUAUAAGGGUGCAGCUCUCAGCCCGGAGCAAAUUCAAUUCAACACCUUGAUGAGCCGCUGCCGAGAGCCAGUUGAAUGGAGUUUUAAGGAGGUGGUCCAACAAUUUCCGUUCUUGGACUUCUCCCGAAAUCAUAAGGUACUCCUCUCUCCUUGUGGGCUUUGGUAUCUGGUGGCCAUACUCCUCGGAAAUGCACACACCAUCCUUCACCAUCCACAAAUUCCACAAUAUUUUCAAUGCCCACCGCCGACCCUUGAAGAAUAUUUCACAGGUGGGCCAGUCGAUGAUGCGGAGCUUGAUGCAUGGUGCCUAGAUAGUCCAUGGGUUCAAAGAGAUGAGCAGCAAGAUGAUACAGAUUCAGAUUCAGAUGUGUAG